UAUAUAAAGUCAGGUACUCUGAAUCAAAGCAUCAGCAUCCUUCACAGCCUGUUGACUGCAAGCCUCCUGCCUUGAAGAGAAAGAAAAAGGAAGAACAAGAGAAACAACUGACUACCACCAUGAUCUCCACAUUACAGAAAACCAUCAGACCAGUGUGGGCUGUCAGAGGGCUUCAUAAAUCUGCAGCGGAAGUCCUGAAGCUCCCGGCCCCUGAGGACACAGUCACGGCCAGCUAUGGGAAGUUCAUCAGUGAAGUAAAGCCUCAGCACUUGUCCUCCCUGGUGCUCCAGCGCAGCAAGAGAAUGGUGCUCGACAGCAUCGGAGUCGGUCUGAUCGGCAGCACGACAGACGUGUUUGAACUGGCCCUGCAGCACUGCCAGCUCAUGUAUGCUGCUGACGACAUCAGCUCUGUGUAUGGACGCAGGGGCACAAGGCUCUCCCCAACACUGGCGGCCUUCGUCAAUGGAGUGGCGACUCACUCCAUGGACUUUGAUGAUACAUGGCACCCUGCCACUCAUCCCUCUGGAGCAGUCCUUCCUGCUGUGCUAGCACUCAGUGACAUGAUGCCUGCUAAUGGCAAACCUAGUGGCCUGGACUUCCUGCUGGCUUUCAAUGUGGGCAUUGAAAUCCAGGGCAGACUGAUGAGGUUCUCUAAUGAGGCCCGCAACAUCCCCAAGAGGUUUCACCCUCCCAGUGUGGUGGGGACCAUGGGGAGUGCAGCUGCCUGCUCUCGCCUCUUGUCUUUGAAUCCCUCCCAGUGCAGUCAUGCCUUGGCAAUAGCUGCUUCUCUGUCUGGAGCCCCGAUGGCUAACGCGGCCACUCAGUCUAAACCCCUACACAUUGGUAAUGCCUCGCGUCUGGGACUGGAGGCUGCUUUGCUGGCCUCCCGAGGCCUGGAGGCGAGUCCUCUGGUCCUGGAUGCCGUAGCUGGCGUGGCUGGCUUCAGUGCUUUUUAUGAAGACUAUGUGCCAGAGCCUUUACAAUCACCCCACGAUGAUGGCCAUAUGUUCCUGCUAGAGGAGCAGGACAUGGGCUUCAAGCGCUUCCCCGCCCAUCUGGGGAUGCACUGGGUGGCAGAUGCUGCAGCCUCGGUCCAUAAGAUUCUUGUGGGGUUCGGCCCUGGCACUGUCUCCCCAGCUCAAGUCCAAGACAUCCUGCUCAGAGUCCCCAAAUCAAAGUACAUCAACAGGCCUUUCCCUGACUCUGAGCACGAGGCACGCCACUCUUUCCAGUUCAAUGCUUGCACCGCUCUCCUGGACGGCGAGGUGACUGUGCAGUCAUUCACGCCGGCUGCCAUGAUGCGCCCUGACCUCCACGCUCUGCUGAGCUGUGUUCGGGUGGAACAUCCCCAGGACAACCCAGCUAAUUUCGACCGCAUGUAUGGGGAAGUCCAGGUGACACUUGUCGAUGGAGACAUGUUGAGGGGACGCUGCGACACCUUCUACGGUCACUGGCGCAACCCGCUGACCAAUGAGAGCCUGAGGAAGAAGUUCAGACACAACGCCGGAGCGGUGCUUGCCUCAGAGAAGGUUGAGUGUCUGAUUGAUGUGGUGGAGGAGCUGGACAGACUCGGGGACUGCAGGGCCCUUCUGUCACAGCUGCAGUGAACACAAACACAACCUAUUGUACAUAAAUACAUUAUCAGAGGUUUUACUUAAAUAAUUACAGUAAAAUGUUUUGAAAAUUAUACAUUUGUGUACAAAUCAGUUCAGGAAAAUUUCACAAGAAAGCAGUUUACCAAUUGCACUUGAUGUUACACUCAUAUCCCCCUCUUUUGCCAGUGCUGACGGAGCUGUGGCAGCAGAUAUUUAUCUGAUGUAAAUUGUGCUAAAUUAUUUAUACGAUAUGAUAUUUUAUUUUACCAAGAAAAUUACCAAGAAAUGAAUGAGUUGUAAAAUGUCAUCUUGUUAUAUUGCUAUGGGAAGAUGAAGGAAGAUUUACAUAUUUGAAUACUUUCAAAUUUCCUCUUUGACAUUUUAACCUUUCAUCGGACAAAUGUAGAAUUUUUGUUUGUGUGUUUUUGUUUUAAUAAAACUUGUACGAAAGAAAAUCUGAGAAAAUAAGAAGUUGUCCUUGGAAACUCUGGAAUGUUCUAAAACCUCCUGCCCAGAACAUUUUACAGGUAUACAGGCUGAUUAGUAACAGGUGUUACUAACAUGACUGGGUAUGAAAGGGGCAUCAUCAAAAGUCUCAGUUGUU